AUGCUGUCAGUUUUUGUAAAAAUGCUGUCAGUUAAGAUGAAACUCUAUCAGUUGAGCAACUCACAAUUUUUAAACACAAAAUCAUUAAUAACUUUCACUUUCUCAGUUGUGUUCGGUCCGUUGAGUCGAAAAGUCAAUAAAAAAAGUUUUAAAAUGUCUUCAAAAUCUCGAAAAAGACUCAAAAAGCUAAAGAUAUUUUGGAAUCACUCACAAAAGUACCUGCAAAGCAUAUUCCUAAUCGGAUUCUCACUAUUUUUAUACCAAAACAUCGAAAGAUAUCGCGACAAUCAAGUCACAAACUUCAAAUUUCAAGUUCCAUUUAAAAAUAUUCCAAAAACAAGCCAAAGAAAUGAAAGCACAAAAUAUAUUUUAUUCUGGACGAGUUGGUGGAACUUUGAUUAUUGGCAUAUGGGAGCUAGUGUCCUUGGUGAAGACUAUUUAAAGUCUAUCGACUGUCCAGUCACAAACUGCAUAUUCUCACAUAAUCGAACAUUUUUACCACAACCGACUGACUUUGAUGCACUCAUUUUUCAUAUGGGAAGCAUGAAUGACAUUGAUGACUUGCCGGCAUUCAGAAGAGACGAUCAGAUUUACAUUGUGGCUAAUGAGGAGGCUCCAUUCUACUCAAGACCUGACCUAAAAACUGAAGAUUACUUUUUCAACAUGACAUUUACUUAUCGACUGAAUUCAGACAUAUUUUGGAACUAUGGACUUUUUGCUGACAUUGAGACAAGCAGCAUUGUGGCUCCAUCGAGAGAUGUUAAAUGGAAGAAGCCUGAAAUUGUUGAUGAUCCAGAACUGCUCAAGUUCAUCAAAACUUCAAAAACAAAAAUGGCUGCAUGGUUCUCAUCACAUUGUGGCGUAGCUUCAAAUCGAGAGAAUUUAGCAAAGAAAAUUCAAGAAUUUAUGCAAGUUGACAUUUAUGGAAAGUGUGGCAACUUGACUUGCUCGAUUCCAAAUAUUUAUAGCCAAGAUGGUCGUCAACACUGCACGGACAUGCUGAAUACAACCUAUAAAUUCUAUUUAUCAUUUGAAAACUCAAUUUGUACUGAUUACAUGACUGAGAAGGUGUUCCUGAACAUGGACAACUAUAUUGUGCCAAUUUUGUACAAUGGAAUCACAGACAUGCAGCACUUCCUGCCACCACACUCAUACAUAAAUGUCAAUGACUCGAGCAGUGUCGAAGAUCUCGUCAAUUAUCUCAAAUAUUUAGACAAAAAUCCACAAGAAUAUGCAAAUUAUUUCUGGUGGAAGAAGUACUAUAAAGUCAUACCAGACACAAAUCCUUACACGUACUGUGAAAUGUGUAAAAGAUUAAACAAUUGGAAUGUUAAAGAACGACGGCAAGUUUAUUUAGAUGUCCAUAAUUGGCAUAGUCGUGAGACUUGUUAUGACAUGGGAAAUAAUUUUUAA